AUGGAGCGGCGAGCCACUCCCCAGGGCAUUCCCUGCAGCUCCCUGCUCCUGCUGCUCUGCAGCCUGAAUGCUUCCCUUGCCUUUCCCAACUCCUCUCCACUACUGAGUCCCAGCUGGGGCAAUGGAGACCACCUGACACACCUCUACACCGACACCGAGAGGAGCAGCUUCCACCUCCAAAUUAACGCUGAUGGCUACAUUGACGGCGCUUCUCACCAAACCAUCUACAGUGCCCUGAUGAUCAGGUCUGAGGGUGCUGGCUCAGUAAUAAUCACAGGUGUGAAGAGUGGACGCUACCUGUGCAUGGACAUGAAAGGAAACAUAUUUGGCUCGCAUUACUUCAGCCAAGAGGACUGCGUGUUCAGCCAUAGGACACUGGAAAAUGGGUACGAUGUGUACCAAUCCCCCAAACACCACUUCUUGGUGAGCUUAGGCAGAGUUAAACAAGCCUUCUCCCCUGGUAUGAAUCCACCACCAUACUCCCAGUUCUUGUCCAGGAAGAAUGAGAUCCCUCUGUUCCGAUUCAACACCCCCGAGCCCCACAGACACACCAGGAGCGCAGAUGUUGAUCCUGUAGAUCCUCACCAGAUCCUGGUCCCGCAGAGGAAGACCCCGGUGUUUGGCUCCCUGCAGCAGCAGCCAGCAGACUUUCCCCACAUGCCCAGGGAGCCUGUGAGGAUCAACCAGAACGAUGUGGUGAACCCCGAUGAUCCCCAUGCUAUGAUGGAGGCCAGGAGGUACCCAAGCCCCCGCUUCUACAUCACAAGAUAA